CACAGAGCCCUAUUUUAUUGGAAUAUUUUGUUUCGAGACUGGCAUCAAGAUCAUCGCCUUGGGCUUUGCCUUCCACAAAGGCUCCUACCUGCGUAAUGGCUGGAAUGUAAUGGACUUUGUGGUGGUCCUAACAGGGAUCCUGGCCACCGUGGGAGCUGAUUUUGAUCUGAGAACACUAAGGGCAGUGAGAGUACUGCGGCCGCUCAAACUGGUCUCUGGUAUUCCAAGUCUUCAGGUGGUGUUAAAGUCCAUUAUGAAAGCCAUGGUACCUCUGCUGCAGAUUGGCUUGCUGCUCUUCUUUGCUAUCCUCAUGUUCGCCAUUAUUGGCCUUGACUUCUACAUGGGCAAGUUCCAUCGUGCCUGCUUCAGGAUAGACACAGGUGAGCAGACAUCAGACUUCCCCUGUGGCCUGGAGACUCCGGCGAGGACAUGCGCCAAUGGCACCGUCUGUAGAGAGUACUGGAUCGGACCCAACUUUGGCAUCACAAACUUUGACAAUAUCCUCUUUGCUAUUCUCACCGUUUUCCAGUGCAUCACGAUGGAGGGAUGGGUGGACAUUCUUUACAACGCCAAUGAUGCCUCAGGGAACACGUGGAACUGGCUCUACUUCAUUCCCCUCAUCAUCAUCGGUUCCUUCUUCAUGCUCAACCUGGUACUGGGCGUGCUGUCAGGGGAGUUUGCCAAGGAGAGAGAACGAGUAGAGAAGAGGCAAGAAUUCCUGAAGCUCCGCAGACAACAGCAAAUAGAGAGAGAGUUAACUGGAUACCUGGAGUGGAUCUGCAAAGCAGAGGAGGUGAUGCUGGCUGAAGAAGACAAGAAUGCAGAGGACAAAUCUCUGGAUGGAGCGUGGUACAAAAGAAAACACACCAACUCUGUGCUGAAAAGGACAAAGAAGAGUAAGAAUGACCUCAUCAAUGCAGAGGAUGGAGAUGACCACUUCACUGACAUCUCAUCUGUUGCCCCCCCAGGGUCCCCAUUUGCCCGGGCCAGUGUGAAGAGCAAGAACGAGAGCUCGUCUUACUUCAGGAGGAAAGAGAAGAGGAUUCGCUUCACCAUCCGCCGUCUGGUCAAGUCCCAAAGCUUCUAUUGGACUGUGCUGUGUCUGGUUGGCCUCAACACACUGUGUGUAGCCAUAGUACACUAUGACCAGCCUGAGUGGCUCACCUAUGCACUAUACCUGGCUGAGUUUGUAUUCCUGGGCCUGUUUCUGGCAGAGAUGUCUAUGAAAAUGUAUGGCCUAGGACCACAGAAUUACUUCCACUCCUCAUUCAACUGUUUCGACUUUGGGGUGAUUAUUGGCAGUAUUUUUGAGGUGAUCUGGGCUGCUAUUAAACCUGGGGCCUCAUUUGGGAUCAGUGUGCUACGAGCUCUGAGACUGCUCAGGAUCUUCAAAGUCACUAAGUACUGGAACUCUUUGAGGAACCUGGUGGUAUCUCUGCUCAACUCCAUGAAGUCUAUCAUCAGCCUGCUGUUCCUCCUCUUCCUCUUCAUCGUGGUCUUUGCUUUGCUGGGCAUGCAGCUCUUUGGUGGCCAGUUUAAUUUUGAAGAUGAAACACCGACAACCAAUUUUGACACAUUCCCAGCAGCGAUUCUCACUGUUUUCCAGAUCCUAACUGGGGAGGACUGGAAUGCAGUCAUGUACCAUGGGAUUGAAUCACAGGGGGGUGUUCACAGGGGAAUGUUCUCCUCCAUUUAUUUCAUUGUUCUCACUCUCUUUGGAAACUACACACUCCUCAACGUGUUCUUGGCCAUUGCAGUCGACAACCUUGCAAAUGCCCAGGAGCUGACUAAGGAUGAAGAGGAGCAAGAGGAGGCCAUCAAUAAGAAACUCGCCCUCCAGAAGGCCAAGGAGGUAAAGGAGGUCAGCCCCAUGUCAGCCGCUAACAUUUCCAUAACAGCUUUUCUAACACGCAGUCGAGGUAACGUGCACUCUAGCAGCUCAUCCAUCUGCAGCGUUAACUCACUGAGUUAUGGCUACACUCCAGUCCAUCACUUCCUGAGUAAGGAGCAGCAGAAGUCAGUGAAGACCAUGUCAGUGUGGGAGCAGAGGGCCAAUCAGCUGAGGAGGCAGAAUCGGGCAAGUUGCGAGGCUUUGUAUAGUGAGUUGGAGCCUGAGGAGCGUCUCCGCCUGUCCUCAGCGCUUCACAUCCGGCCAGACAUGAAGACCCACCAUGACCGGCCACUACUUGUUGAGCCCUGUGAUGGGCCUUUCCUUGGUGGCCACCAGCACCACCGUCACAAGCCCUGCAUGUCAGAGGAGGCUGUGGCUGCUGCUGACCCUCCUUCUGUGCCUCACCAGCCCUGCCACCACCACCACCACAGAGACAGGGACCGGGCCAGAAUGAAAGAGGAGACAAAUGAUAAUGGUGAUACCACUAAAGAAGGUAGGCACCACAUCCAUCACAGCCGCUCCAAAGACCAUGACAGUAGCCGGGGCAAAGAGGGGAAAAGUGAGAGGUCCCAUAGCCGAGAGGGAGGCAGGAAGCAUCAUCAUCAGAGCUCAGUUGAUGACAGCGGAGGUGGAGGAGUCACAAGCGAGAGAGAGCAUCAUCAUCAUCAUUCCCACCGGCAGUCCCGAGGGGGCAACGGGACAGUGAAUAGUGGAGGGAGGGGAGAGCGAAGGUCCCGGCACAAAGAUGGACAUUCUUCGAACAAGGAUGGGGAUAGGAAUUCCAGAGGAGACAAUGGUGCCAAUACAGAGAGGAGGAGACAUCGGACUCAUGGAUCCAGGGGCCAAUCCACAGUUGAAGGAGAUGAGUCCAACGAGAGGGAGAAGACCCAUAGACACAGGGACAGGUUUGGUGACUCAGAGGGCGAGUCCCUAGCCAUGUCUCCCCAGCAGGGGCCUGGGGGGACUAACCGGCCUCCUGACCGACCAGAGGACUCAGACAACCAGAGGAACGUCAGACGAACUGGCCAAACCUCCGUCCAAAUUCCUCCUGUGACUAUUACCUCCCCACCUGGGGAGACCACCCUCAUACAAAUGAACAGUAUUGACUGUGAGACAAUGCCCAUGACUGAGAAGACUCUGGAGGAUCUAGGUCAAAGUGGACCCAAACCCAUCCUGCCUUACAGUUCCAUGUUCAUCUUUGGACAAACCAAUCCGGUGAGGCGGCUAUGUCACUACAUCGUGACUCUGCGUUACUUUGAGAUGUGCAUCCUAGUUGUCAUUGCUAUGAGCAGUAUUGCUUUGGCAGCAGAGGACCCUGUCUGGGCAAAUGCCCCUCGCAACAACGUGCUGAAAUAUCUGGACUAUGCUUUCACUGGUGUUUUCACUUUUGAAAUGGUGAUCAAGAUGGUGGACCUGGGCCUGCUGCUUCAUCCUGGAUCCUACUUCAGAGACCUGUGGAACAUUCUGGACUUCAUAGUUGUCAGUGGGGCGCUGGUGGCUUUUGCGUUUUCGAGCUUCAUGGGAACGCAACAAGGUGUGACCAGGGGGACCAAAGGCAAGGACCUCAGCACUAUCAAGUCACUGAGGGUUCUCCGAGUACUCAGGCCUCUCAAGACCAUCAAACGUCUGCCAAAACUCAAGGCGGUGUUCGACUGUGUGGUCAACUCUUUAAAGAACGUGCUCAACAUCCUCAUUGUUUACAUCCUCUUCAUGUUCAUCUUUGCCGUCAUUGCAGUUCAGCUCUUCAAAGGAAAGUUUUUCUACUGCACAGAUGCCUCCAAGGGCCUGGAGAAGGACUGCAAAGGACAGUUCCUAGAUUACGACAGAGAUGAGGUAGCUGCCAUGCCCAGAGAGUGGAAAAAAUAUGACUUCCAUUAUGACAAUGUGCUGUGGGCCUUCCUGACCCUGUUCACUGUCUCCACUGGGGAGGGAUGGCCAACUGUCUUGAAGCACUCUGUGGAUGCCACCUUUGAAGACCAGGGUCCCAGUCCAGGCUACCGAAUAGAAAUGUCCAUCUUCUAUGUGGUCUACUUUGUGGUCUUCCCUUUCUUUUUUGUCAACAUCUUUGUCGCUCUGAUCAUCAUCACCUUCCAGGAGCAGGGAGACAAGGUCUUGUCUGAGUGCAGCUUGGAAAAGAAUGAGAGGGCUUGUAUUGACUUUGCCAUAAACGCCAAACCUCUGACGCGCUACAUGCCCCAGAACACACAGUCCUUCCAGUAUAGAAUGUGGAAGUUUGUGGUCUCAGCCCCGUUUGAGUACUCCAUCAUGAUCAUGAUUGCUCUCAACACUGUGGUACUCAUGAUGAAGUUCCAUGGAGCUCCAGACUUCUAUGAAGCAAUGCUGAAGAACCUCAACAUAGUCUUCACCAUUCUCUUCUCUCUGGAGUGUAUCCUCAAGAUCAUUGCUUUUGGGCCUCUGAACUACCUAAAGGACGCCUGGAACGUGUUUGACUUUGUGACAGUGUUGGGCAGCAUCACUGACAUCCUGGUGACUGAAAUCAAUGACAGGCUUCUGAACCUGAGCUUCCUGAGGUUGUUCAGAGCCGCUCGGCUCAUUAAGCUGCUCAGACAGGGCUACACCAUCCGUAUCCUGCUGUGGACCUUCGUCCAGUCUUUUAAGGCCCUGCCGUAUGUUUGCCUGUUGAUUGCUAUGCUGUUCUUCAUUUAUGCCAUCAUUGGGAUGCAGGUGUUUGGCAACAUUGAACUGAAUGUGGAAACAGCUAUUAAUCACCAUAACAACUUCCGUACCUUCCUCCAGGCUCUCAUGCUACUGUUCAGGAGUGCAACUGGUGAGGCCUGGCACGAGAUCAUGUUGUCCUGUCUGAGUCAUCGAACUUGUGACGAGCGAUCAGGGACCCAUGGGCAAGAGAGUGGCAGCGAUUUUGCCUAAUUCUACUUUGUGUCUCUGCUCCUUCUGUGUGUGUUCCAGAUGCUGAACCUCUUUGUGGCUGUCAUAAUGGAUAACUUUGAGUACCUAACCAGGGACUCCUCCAUCCUGGGGCCUCAUCAUCUCGAUGAGUUCAUCCGGGUUUGGGCCGAGUAUGACCCGGCAGCUUGUGGCCGUAUCAAGUACCUCGAUAUGUAUCAGAUGCUGCUCCACAUGUCCCCACCCUUAGGUUUGGGAAAGAAAUGUCCGCCAAGAGUCGCCUACAAGCGCCUUGUCAAAAUGAACAUGCCUAUCGCUGAUGACAACACCGUCCACUUCACCUCCACGCUGAUGGCCCUGAUUCGCACCGCCCUGGAGAUCAAAUUGGCCUCAGGUAUGGUAGCCCAGCGAUUAUGUGAUGCUGAGCUAAAGAAGGAGCUGUCGACAGUGUGGCCCAGCCUCUCUCAAAAGACAAUGGACCUGUUGGUGACACCACAUAAACCCAAUGAACUGACAGUAGGGAAGGUUUAUGCAGCCCUCAUGAUCUUUGACUACUACAAGCAGAAUCGGGCGAGGAGGCUGCAGCUGCUGCAGCAGCAGCAGCAGAAUCCAUCAGGCUCCCAGUGCAAGGUCGGGGCUUUGUUUAAGCCAUUGCUGCCUCUGACUCACAUGCAGGAGAAAGAUCUGCCUAUGAUGCUAAACAGUGUGGAGCCUCCCAGCAUGCUUCAGCCCCAGCCCAAAUCCCAUGCCAAGUCCCAGCAACAGACCAGACCUAGCCCCAACUCCCUCAACAAUGGAGGCACACUGCCAGGUCAUGAUCACAGCAUCAAGGCAUCAUCUUCCUGGGUGAUGGAGAAACCCAAGGAAGUGCCCCGAGCUAAGACUAAAAGAACCACGUCCAGGGGCCCGUCAGAGGACAAACCAGACACUGCUGCCAUCGAGGAGUCAGUGGAGAUGAGGAAGAUGGAGCCCAGUGCCAGCAGUACACUCCCAGUCCCUGGCUUAGGUCUGGAGAACCAGGGUAGAGCUGCUUCUAUGCCUCGACUCAAUGCCGAGCUGCAGCGGAGCCAAUCCCACUACUCUCCAGGGAGCCAUCUAGCUUCUGUCCCUGAUGCCAGCCUUAUGAAGCGCUCAGCCUCCACUGUGGCCCCACAGUGCCCCCAGGAGGUCAGUGUGAGAGACUACACCUUGGAUAAACCCAGCCAGGAACGACCACACCACCACCACCACCACCACCACCGCUGCCAUCACCGCAGAGACAGAGAGAAGAGGCAGAGGUCUCUGGACACACCUCUGGGUGGACAACCCCCCAGCUCUACUGGUGCACCAGGUGAGGCGGCGUCUGACCAAACUGUCUCCAGAGAGCGAGCCCAUGACCGCGGACGCUCCCACGAGAGGAAACACCACCAGUCCUCAGUAGACAAGCAGCGCUACUACUCCUGUGACCGCUACUGCAGCCGGGAGCACUGCCACGCCAAAUCUGCCACUGCCAGCUGUGCCGCCUCCAACAGUGAGGGGCAGGACACCAGCACCAAGCAGGGCAGUGGUUGGGUUAAAGGCAGCCCAGUGGCACUGAGCUCCAGUUCUAGCACACCAAGCCGCGGACGCCGGCAGCUCCCCCAGACUCCCCUGACCCCACGACCAGGGGUGGCCUACAAGACUGCCAACUCCUCUCCUGUGCACUUUGUGUCCAGCCAGGUUUCAUUGAGUCCUGGCCGGCUAAGCCGUGGUGUGUCGGAGCACAACGCCCUCCGGCACAUUGGCUUCCACCACUUUCCCUGUCCUGUUACUCGUAUCAGUUCAGAGCCCUUCUUGGGCCGGGACAACAACGAGGUCCAUAGCAGCCCCUACGGCAGCCUCCGGGACCAACUGGACGUCUUCCAGGAUGCAGCGUCACUGUCGCCUAGGCACUGUGCCAUACGCUCUUCUCGGACCAUAUUGCCUCACAUGAUGGGAGCCCUGCUUCCUUCUUCGCAGCAGAAUCUUGGGGUGCCCAAUGGCUACCAUUUCAGCCUCGGGGGCAACACCAGCCCAGGCUCUGGUGUCAGGGCACCCAGGUAUUACCAAGAGGCAGAGGAGGAUGAAUGGUGCUAGCAUGGCUUUAAACAAACCUUUUAAAUGCAUUUUUGAAGAAUUGUGAUGAGUUUUAUCAUCUUCUUUGAAGGCUUUACUUUACAUUGUCACUGUGUGUUUAAUGCUGUAUUUCAGUCCUAACUUGGAGAGCUAAGAUUAGGAAGAACUUUAAACAGGGAGAAAUGUUGGAGUGGGUAAUAUUUGAAUGUGAACAAAAAAUAUCAUCUAAUCAAAGGGCACAUAGCAUUAUGAAACAGAAGAGUAGCAGAUUUUUUAUCAAUAUUGGAUGUUUUACAGUAGUUGUCCUUGAUUUGCUUUGGCUUCAGUGUUGUGCUGACACAACCAUGCAACCCUCAAACGAAAUCACAUUAUAAACACAGACUACACAUUAAGAUGAUAUGUCCUGACUUUAAAGGGUGAAGCUAACCCACCAGACCGUGUGUCAUUCAUAACCCCAGCCUGUAUUCUGGGGAGCCCAUUCUAGUAAACACAAGUGCUGGUGUGUUUUGCUAUUGCACAUGCUGCUUUUUUCUAAACAGGGCUUUUUAGUGAAGUGGGAGAGUUUGUGUAGCAUUUUUUGACAAAUAGCAAUUAGCAAACACCUUUUUUUCUGCCAUUUAGGGACGCAACAACUUAUGGGCCAGGGAACAAAAAAAAAAAGUUAGUUAAUUCAUCAUUUAGAACCAUUUUAAUGUUAGAGUGCACCACAUACACAAUAAUGAAAGCGGCACAUGUAAAAGAAGGGUUUUCACAAUAAUGUAAAUACAUCUAAAGGCAAUGCCACACUCAAGAUGAGAAAUUUUGCCUUCUUCCACAUCAAUAUUACUCCCAGCAGCACAACAUACUAUGUAAUAUGCCAUUUUGUUUUAAGCUGUAAGCAAAGUUAGUGAAGGUUUGAAAUGUUUGAGAGUCACUAUGGGACUGCUUGCACUGCGAGUCAUGGGAAAACAGGUCAAUAGUUUGGUGAAAUGAUAGCAUAAAAUGUUGGAAAAGCUCAAAGACAUUAUGACACUGUACAAAUGGGUGUGUUCUUUAGUUUAGGACUCUACCAUUCCAUGAUGAUGCCUAGUCCUUUCUGACAUUCCUUAUGUGUCAGCUGAACAGAUGAAGUGCUCUCACACAGGUAGUGAGAUUUUUUUUUUCAUGUUAAAUGUUUCUUGCAAACUUUAAGAGAAGCACUGCAUGGUAGUAAAAAGUACCUGACUGACUGAUUUGUUUUCUAUAAAUAUUUCCUUGUAGAUGUUCUCCUUUCAUAGUGUGCAUUUUUGUAUGACAUGAAAAAAACAUACUGGAGAUGUGUUUUAUGUGAAAUGCUUAUGGUUUUCCAUUGUUUCAGGUCUAAUGUUUCUUACAGACUUCUUUGCGAUGUUUUAAGACAAAGUGCCUAUCCUUUUAGAUAUACUGUAGAAAAAGAUGCAAUGUCAACUGUUUUCUAAUGCAUCCACACUUGAGUAGAUGUUUGAUUCAUUCUGUGUGUAGCUCUGCAGGACAACUUGUACAGAAAGCCUUAUCUGCAAGCAGAGAAACAAAACCUACAGUAACAUAUGCUUAAAAUACAGGAAUGAAAAAAAUACCUUAUAAAAGUUGAUUAUUUUUCUUGUUUUUGAUAAACCAUAAAUCAUGUAUUGGGGGGAAAUUGUGGAAAUGCUAUGCGAGCAUGUAUCAGUUCAGUUACACACUGUGCCGGUGACACAUUGUGCAUGUUUAGAUUGUAGGAGUUGUCAACUACCUGCUGUGACCACCUUGUAGAGUUUGCUUUUUACAAAUCUUGACAGAGGUCACAGUGUGAGUCCAUCAAGCUCCUGUCUUUUUUGAAAUACAGUGUGUGUUGGUCAGGUGAUGUCUAACAGGAUGGGGAGUGUGGUGGUGGUGGGCAGUCUGACUCUUUAUGGCUAUUUAAGUUAAACCAGACUAUGUGUGUGUGCGUGUGUACUAAACUAUGGUAAGCAUCAGCUUUUGUAGAUAUAUUUUACAUUUAUAAGCCCAGUUGGUUGUUUCAUGGUGGUUUUUCAUAUACUCAUAAAUAACUGGCAAAAAAUUGAUGUUGUAAUGUCAUGCUAAGCUAUUUCCAGCAGCUAAAGUACAGUACCAUGUAGUUUGACAGCAGGAAAUGUUACAGUCAUUUAAUUCGGUCAUGUUAAACAUCAGGCUUUGGCAUCAAAAUGAAAAAAAGGUUUAUUUUUUACAGGUGCCAGUUUGCACUGGUGUUCAAAGUUUACACAAAGAUGAAACUGAUUGUGAAAGAGCUCAACUGACUGACUUCAACAGGAAAGAAACCGCAAUACAACCGCGUUAUUAUCUGUAUCCCAAUUCCAUAAUUCUAAACAGGUUUCGGAUGUGUGCAGUAGUGUGUUCAAAAAAGCUUUGUAUACUCCAAGAUGUGUCUAAAUUUGCCUGACUUUCUGGUGUGUUGUUGAUGGAUGAUGCAUUGCACAAGGGAGGAUCACCAUUGUUACAAGAUGAUGCUUGCAGUUUCUGUACUAGGGCUCUGCCUAUAAGAUCAGUAAACUUUUUAAAAAUUUACUUUACUUAUUAUCUGCAAGAGUUCAAACUAGCAUCUCACAACAUGCUAGUGGAGGAGCUGCUCACAGCUGGAAAAACAUUUUUGAGGCUUGAAGAAAUUUGAGGAAGAUCUUGGAAAACAGCAAGAAAAAAAAACUAAUUUUUUCUCAAGCACAUUUAACUUUCAUUUUGUCAAAGGUGCAUUAACUAAGAUUUUACACAUUGAUAAUUCAAGUGAAAAUGGGAUGGUAAAUGGUGUCUCAGCUAGGCUAUAUUACCCCGUCUGUGGUAGUCAGUCACUUACCACUGUUCUGUUGUUAUUCCAGCUUCUCUGUUAUCCAAAUGGGCUAAAUUAGCCCUGUCUGCCAUAAAGCAGAGGGUUUUUCAAACCGCAAGUAGCAAGAAGGUUCAGACAGCCAGCCAUGGAGGAGCUCUCAUCAGCUAAAAGUCUGAAACAGUGGCUGCCAGACCAAAGAGCAAAGACCGAGGUUACCAUCGGUUUGGCUUUUUGACACAGAGGAUGUUAAAAGCAAGUCAAAGGAUUCAGAUUUUAUUCAGAUAUGGUGGUGUUCUUUCUGGAUGUGUUAGCAUCUAAAACUAAUGUGAUUAUCUAGGUAACAUGAGCAACCCAGCGUAGUCAUGAUUUCACCUUUGUAUUGAAUGAAUGUUUUUAAUCAGGGAGCAAUUUAAGCUUUGUGUAAUGUUUGUGCUUUGUGUCACCUUAAAUCGGUAAACUGCCAGUCUUGUCACUUGACACUAUACCGCUGCAAAUGCUGUUAUUCAGCUAGCGCUAGCUUUGGUCUGGAGGCUGCCCUUUGUACAGUUGGUCACAACCAAGCGAUGUGGCCGGUGACUGCUCAUCAGAGACAGAGCUCCGUAAUUCAUGUUGUUACUUCAGAAAACAGGAUGGGAGAGGCAAAGAGUGGUAUGGAAUGGUUUCUGGUGGGAGUUUGUUUAGAGUGACUGAAAAGAAAUUAGGUAGAGCACCUUAAAAUUUAAUAGGCUUUAUAAUCUGCAGUUUGAUUGAUGUCCACACCUGAUCCUUUCCUAUUGGUACAAUGUGAUAAAGUACACUGAUUUCUUGUAUGGUAUUUGCAAAAUCAAUAUACUGCAGAGUGCCAGGCUUGGAGGAUGGUACCAUUAUUUCUGUUUGAGUUUAAAAAGUCUGAAAAAGAUAGGCUGGUAGAUAUCUUUUGGGGAAUUGUAAACCAGACAAGACAUUUUACAGUGUUAACUUGUUUUAUGGUGAGCAAACUCUAAUGGUGACACGGUUUCAAAAUGGUCUCAAACAUAGCUGUCUGUCUGUACCUGCUUUUCUUGUGGUUUACUGAUCAACAUAUACACUGAUACUGAUGUAUCUGUUAAUUUAUAAUAAAUACUGUAAACUAUUCAUAUGUUAUAAGGAAUUGGGACACAGCUAAAUAUAGAAUGUACAGAACUACCAGACUGAUAUUUAGCAAUGGUCAGAAGUGGAUCUGAGAGUGCUGGAGGCCCAUGCCUGCCCUACUCCCUCACUGAUCUCUGCUUCCAGUUUGAAGGUCUCCAGCUCAGAGCUCUAGAAAUACAUCUGCACCAUCUGUCAGUCGCAUAGCUCCGGAGAACUGUCUGUUGAUGCCUGAAACUGUGCUGUGCUCUGAACAAGAUACUGUAUGUAGGUUGAUUUACAACACACACUCGUUACUGUAUAUGCAACUUGUUUGAUACAUGACUAGCAUCAACAUCAGAUUGUCCUUUUAUGAAAUUAUAAUGUAAUGUUGUGCAUUCAAAUCACAGCAAUCUGCAACAUGGGGAAAGACAAACUUUUGCAGCAGUUGAUUGGCUGGAAAAUACUAAUGGGGGAUUUCUUGAAAGCCUCUAGCCCCCCAGAAUUUAGAAGGAAAAAGAUGGGGGCCUUGUUCAGCCACAGUGACACACACUAUGGAUCAGACACAAUCUGAAGGUAAGAGUGUAGGGCUAUGCAACAAGAAAAACUCAUUUCUCCACUAAUUCUGUAGCUUUACAUGCUGGUCUCUCUAGAUUCAGGCUUCAGCAUGAUUGUGACCAAAUGUUUUAUAGAAAAUGCAAACGAAAAUGUAAAAAAGGCUUAAAUGCAUAAAGGCACAAAGCAUAAACAAGAAACAAUAUUUAGGACUACAGCAACUGUAUACAUAUAUUUGCAUGCAUACAUUUACCCACUUCAACAUUGUCAAAUGGAAAUCCCAUGGCUCAAAAUGGCCGGUGUGUCCUGUUCACACACCUCAGUAAAAUGGUUUUGAUGGGUCAGCCUUGAAUACUGUCAAAGUGAUUCUUUUGGUCAAAGACAGGAACACAUUCUUCUGCAGAUACUGUACAUUCAUUGUUGUAAUGCUUCUGUCACACUGGCAGAAAAAUCCUCAGAAUAUCUGUACCUUCUUAAACUCUGCAGCCUCUGUAUUGCAUCAACAGAAAACGUAUCUGUGCCCAAGUCUGGACAAAUCGGACAUCAAACAUUAAAAGUGAUGCAGUCUCUUUUUUCUGCAUACAUUUGGCAAAGUAAAUGUGGCUUUUUCUUGAGAAAAUUCAGAUGUUUGCAUGUUCUAACAAUGUAUGUGCAUGUAGAAAACUUAGUACUUUUAGAUACUAUGUGUUAUUUUGUUGUUGAUUUUUAAUAUUUGAUAUAAACUGUGGGGUUUGUUGAAAAGACACAUUUCUAUUAAAACCAGUAUUGAAAAUUGCUGAUAGUUCCACUCUGUGCAGCAGAACAGGAAGAUCCAUUUAUUUGGGUCUUGGAAUUCAGUGAAAUGUUUGUUUGCCUGAUUUUAUGUUUCCUGGCCAGACUUUGAA